GUAUACAUUUCUUUUAAUACCCUUACUAGCAAUAUUCGACUUGAAAGUUUUAUCAUACUCAAAAAUAAACUACCUCCGAUUAUAGGAAUUCAUUCAUCUACUUACCUUCGUACGGUCAUGAAGUUUCUUCUUUUACUCCUAGCAGCUAUCGGGUUCUGCCAUGGUAGAAACAUUUUGCUGGCCCGCUCUGAAGAAGAAGCCGCCCAAUACUUGCAAAACAUAAAUGCUGAACUCAAUAAGCAGAUCAACCUCGAUACUGAAGCUAAUUGGGCCUAUACUACUAACAUAACUGCUGCAAAUGAACUAGUGAAAAAUGAGGAAUCUGCUAAAACAGCCAAAUUUAUGAAACAAAUUGCUGAAGAUCUAAAGCAAUUUGAUUGGCAAAAUUUUCAGGAUCCUGAUUUAAAGAGACAAUUUAAGAAAUUGGCUAAACUCGGUUACGCAGCAUUGUCAGAAAAGGAUUACGAUAAACUUCUGUCUGUUUUAUCAAUGAUGGAUUCAAACUACGCUAAAGUAAGAGUUUGUAGUUACAUCGACAGAAUGAGUUGUGAUCUGCAACUUGAACCAGAGUUAACAGAAAUUUUGACCACAAGUCGAGAUCCCGAAGAGUUGGAGUAUUAUUGGCAGAUGUGGUACGACAAGGCGGGAACACCAACGCGAGAGAGUUUCGAAAAAUAUAUUGAAUUAAAUACAAAAGCCGCAAAACUCAACAAUUUUACAUCCGGGGCUGAGCUUUGGUUAGACGAGUAUGAUGAUGAAACAAUGGAGCAACAGUUAGAAGACAUCUAUUCCGAAAUUCGCCCACUUUACGAACAGAUUCAUGGAUACGUUCGUUGGCGUUUACGACAGUUUUAUGGGAAUAAAACAGUUCCAGAGAAGGGACCGAUUCCGAUGCAUUUAUUAGGUAAUAUGUGGGCUCAAACUUGGGGUGAGAUUGCUAGUAUUAUUUCGCCAUUUCCGGAUAAGCCUUUGAUUGAUGUCACUGAAGAAAUGGUUCGACAAGGCUACGAUGCAGAGAAAAUGUUCCAUAUGGCUGAUGAAUUCUUCCAAUCCUUGAAUUUGAAAAAGCUACCAAAAGCAUUUUGGGAGAAAAGUAUCAUCGAGAAGCCAACAGAUGGUCGUGAUUUGAUUUGUCACGCUAGUGCUUGGGAUUUUUUUAUCAUCGACGAUGUUCGCAUCAAGCAAUGUACUCGUGUUAACCAAGACCAGUUCGCAACUGUUCACCAUGAGCAAGGACAUAUCCAAUAUUUUUUGCAGUAUCAGCAUCUUCCUAAUGUCUACCGAACUGGUGCAAAUCCUGGUUUCCACGAAGCUGUUGGUGAUGUCUUAGCUCUUUCUUUCUCCACUCCCAAGCAUUUGGAAAAAAUUGGUCUUCUCAAGGACUACAAAAUGGACGAAGAAGCUCGUCUGAAUAAACUUUUCCUAACAGCUUUGGAUAAAAUUGUAUUUCUGCCAUUUGCUUUCACAAUGGAUAAAUAUCGUUGGGCUCUAUUCCGUGGGGAGGUUAGCAGCAGAAAAUGGAAUUGUGCCUUUUGGAAACUCAGAGAAGAAUACUCCGGUAUUGAACCUCCAAUUGUAAGAACCGAAAAAGACUUUGAUGCUCCUGCCAAAUAUCAUGUUUCUGCUGAUGUUGAAUAUCUAAGGUACCUAGUUUCAUUUAUCAUUCAAUUCCAAUUCUACAAAUCAGCUUGUAUCAAAGCUGGUGAAUACGAUCCAAAGAAUCCUGAAUUGCCAUUGGAUAAUUGUGAUUUCUAUGGAAGUGCAGAGGCUGGCAAGGCUUUCCAAGCUAUGUUAUCGAUGGGUGCUUCUAAGCCAUGGCCUGAUGCAAUGGAAGCAUUUACUGGAGAAAGAAAAAUGUCCGGAAAAGCUAUAGCUGAGUAUUUUGAACCAUUGAGAGUGUGGCUAGAAGCUGAGAACCAAAGGAAUAACGUUCAUAUUGGUUGGAGUAAAUCUAACAAAUGUCGAUCAUAUUAAAAAGAAUGAAGACUUUUAGAGCUUUGUGUAACAAGUUCAACAACUGAAUUUAUUAAUAAAUUGAUUAAAAACAAAA